AAAGAGAAGCGAGUUCAUUCUGAACUUAGAAAUUAUGGCGAAGGAACACUCACGUCUCUGUUCUCUAAUUGACUGUUACCUCCGUCUUUAUACUGAAACUGGAUCUGCUUCGGUAACCAAAGAAACGGAGAAAGAACUUUUAAUUGCUCUCUCACAGGUUUAUACAGAAAUUAAGCUGUGGAUGAAGGAAUAUGAGUCCGAUGACAGCUUUGAGAUGGAGGGAAACUCUGUUGGUGGAGGUCCAAUAAUCCCUGAGUCACAUGCUGCUAAUCAUCAUUGUUUAACUAAUGUUAUUGAGGUCUUGAUGGUCGUGGUUGCGAUGGAGAAUCCAUAUAUGAAUCACCUAAUUGGCAAUAUCCUGGUGGCUGUUUCUGAUUUUUUGGUUGAAUCUGAAAGCUGUUGGGGUGAAUAUAUCAAUUUACUGUAUCUUUGUGUGGAAGUUCCAAUUUUUAAUGGUCUUUCUUCUAUGGGACAUACGAUGGAGGUCAAAAACUUGAGUGGGGAUCCUUCACCUUCUUCUUUAUUGAAGCUCAGCCUGAAAAGUGCAAGUUGGUCAACGGCAGCUGUUAUCAUGAGAGUUCUACACAAUGUACUGAAACAGUUGAAUCGGGAUCUUAUUGAUCAGUUUUUCAACAUUUUCUUGGAGGCUACCAUUUAUUUUAUCUCAAAUAUGCCAUGGAAUUUGUUGUCGGAGGUUUACCAUGUUCAAGGGGACUCCAAUUCAGACCGCUUGCUUCAAAUGCAAGAAGAAAAACCGAAGUCAAUACUAAUAUUUCAGGGAUAUCUUCUUCGGUUACUCUGUUCGUUGGUUAAAAGUGGUUGGACAGAUGCUGCUGUCAUCGCUUCAGCAGAGCAUCCAUUUAUUUUUGAAAUAAAAAACCUGCUUCCUAGACUACUGUCAUCAUGCCUUAGUAAUGGACUGCACUCUGAUAAUGUUGCGAUUUGUCAAUAUCUUAAACAUAAAAUGUUGAUACUCAUGAUUCGACUUAGUAACCAAAUCCAUUGGGAGCACUCAAUUGUAAUUUCGUGGUUGGAUCUUAUCCACACAUACUUUCAAGAUGUAUUAUCCCAACCUAUGGAGGGGCAGGAGUUUGUUCUAGAUAAAUAUCUCGAAGGUUCGCCAUUUGGGGUAAUGACAUUUGAUAUGGGGAAAAAAUGGAUUUCAUCAAAGCAUUUACAACGGCUGUCUAUUUUCCUUUUCCUCAAAUGUUCCUCUAGUUUGCUGAGCAUGAAAGAAAUGACUGAUCAACAUUAUGCAUGUAAAAAUCUUAAGUCUUGCUCAAGCUUUGACAUGAAUCCCAAGUGUUGCAGUCGAAGGAAAGCUUUGCUAGAGCUCCAUGAGUGGCUCAGAGAGCUUCUCCCUGGCGAUUGUUUUAUUGACCAUGACAUGUACUCCGAGAAACGCAUGGACUUUGUCUCAUCCUUCUUGCAGCUAUAUAUGCAAGAGGACGAUAUUCUAUUUGAAAUGCUCUUGCAAAUGUUAUGCUUGCCAUUUUACUCUGAAAAGUUUACUAAUGAAGUGGCUUUAUCAGAUGAUGAAGUGAGAGAGUUUUCUCUGAUCUCACACCUUUUUCACCCAAUACAUUUCUUUCACCUAUUCUUGGCUGGAAUACACUAUGAUCAUCAAGUUCUUCUUGAUUAUCUUAUCUCAAAAGAUACAGGGGCUAGUUCUGCUGAAUAUCUUUUGAGGUGUCUGCGUAAGGUAUGUGAUUCGUGGAACAUAUUUAUCGAAUUUUCAUGGAGCGGAAAAUGUCGAAGCAGUAAAAGAAAAAAGUUUUCAACAGAUGAUCAUAACUCUAUGGGAGAGAUAACGCUUGUGUCGAGUUGUGUUAGUGGAGAUAUUUUACCACCUGACACCAAACGCAAGAAAGCGUACGGAUGUCACAAUGAGGACUAUGUAACUCAGAUGUCACCGUUUGAAUGUGCAAGGAACUGCCUUUUUCAACUUAAAGCAUCUAUUGAAGGCCUUCACCAAAAGAACCUGUUUCCUUAUAAUCCACUAGUGCUACUACGUCGUUUGACGCGAUUUCAGGAGCUCUGUGGAGAUGACGGACCAUAAAAGCUCGCUCGCUGUUGACCUAUCACCUUGAAAUCCAUGUUCGAUCGUACUCCACAUGCCAAGUUGACAUCGGCUAGUUGAAAAUGACUGCAACUUCAAAGGGACGAUAUCUCUGGACUCAUUAGAGCAAAAUAUGGCUUGGAUGUGAAUCCAGUACUAGCAUUCUUGACUGCUACUUUUGAGGCGAGUUUUCUGACUUUGACUAUGGAUAUGUGUAACACAUUUCUGGACUGAAAGGAUGAAUGUUCUUAGAUGUCGACAGGUGUUUUUUUACAAUUUCUCAUCAAGUGUCUCCAGGGAAGCCAAGGGGUCAAAGGUUUUAGAGUUAGCAGAAUCUGCAAAGCAGUUAG